CUUUUUCCAAAAUAGGACGGAUGAAGUAUAGAGUUUUGAACAUAUAUAUAUAUAUAUAUGUAUAUAUAUAGAUAUAGUAUUGCCUGUUCUCUUUUUUAUGUUUAGUACUCAUUUCUUUAUCCCAAAAUUUUCAGACACAAUUAUGAGAAGUUUCAUGAAUUGAUGAGUGUUAUUUGUUUGGUGCAUACAGUUGGGAGAUUUGAAUAUAUUUAGGAUUUUCCUGAUUAUGAAAGAGGGAAAAUAUAGGACUGAAAAAUGACGAGUGUGAACAACAAGGAAGCUAGAUGGAAGCCUACAGCACUAUUGGUAAUGUACCAGUUAAUAUAUUCGUUGAUGACCAUUUUAAUGAAAUUAGCAGCUCAUGAUGGUAUGGAUCUCAAAGUUGCAUCCACUUAUCGUUUUAUGUUCGGAGCUGCUUCCAUGGUUCCUAUUGCUUUCUUCUUCGAAAGGAAUAAAAGACCAAAAUUAACCUGGAAUGUGGUCAUCUUGGCUUUUCUUUGUGGAUUAUUUGGAGGCACAUUGGCACAAAUUCUAUUACUAGAGAGCUUGGUACUAACAUCAGCCACAUUUGCAUCAGCUAUGACCAACCUAAUUCCCGCUACAACGUUUCUGGUAGUCUUAUGCAUGAGGUUGGAAAGUUUAGGUUGGCAUACAAAUGCUGGUAAAGCAAAAGUGUUUGGAACCUUAAUAGGUGUUGGAGGAGCAAUGUUAUUUUCUUUUUACAACGGUCCGAAUGUUACUAUUUGGAAAACAAAUGUAAACCUUCUGAAUAUCACAACCAGUCAUCAUCGUGAUACUUCAACUCAUAAAACUUAUGGAAGCAAUAAUGAUCAAGUUGUUGGUGCAAUGCUAGCAUUCUUGUCUUGUGUUUUUGCCUCCUUCUGGCUCAUUUUUCAGGCCAAAGCUGCUCAAUACUAUCCUUGUCCAUUAUCUUUCACGGCUCUUGUGAUUGUAAUAGGAAUGGUUUUGAAUUUCAUUGCUACAAUCUGCUUACAGCGUGACUGGAAUGAAUGGAAACUAGGAUGGAACAUAAGACUUAUUACGGUAGCUUUUUCGGGUAUUAUAGGGACAACAGUGUUGUAUACCUUGUUACAUGUGGCUAUAACAAUGAGAGGACCGCUAUUUGCGUCAGGUUUCAGCCCUUUGUUAGUCGUAAUUGUUGCCAUCGUCGGAUCACUUGUACUAGAAGAGGUUUUAAACUUGGGAAGCUUGCUUGGAGGUCUACUGAUAAUUUGUGGUUUAUACAUAAUCUGUUGGGGAAAGAGCCAAGAGAUUAAGAUGAAGGACAAUCGCACAGUGCCAUGUGAGCAAGGCGAAGGUUCAGUAUUAAGUGAGAAAGCUGACAAAAGUGCAGAAGUAUAGGAAAUAUUUUAGUCAAAGUGGAGAACCACGCAUUGCUCUCGAAAAACAAUGUAUUUUCUUAAAUUAAAACAGUAUACAAAUAAACGGAAUUUUUUUUUUAUUUUCAAUUGUAAUUCUAAUACAUAUAGAUAAUAAAUAACCU